AUGUUUCGAAUGUUAUUUUUUAUAAUCGUUGGCGUUCUUGUCUGUAUUCCACAUACAUCAAUUCAAGAUGUAUCAGUACCAACAGAAAAUCAACAUCAAUAUGUACGACGAGCAUCAGCAGUUAAUAAAGCUGACAGUAUUCAAACUUUGAUUGUAACAUUAAGUGAACAACAAUAUCAAUAUGAAACAGCAUAUUAUGCAUUAACAUUAAAUAAUGUUUUUCCAAAUUUUGCAAAAUUAUUUCACGAACGAAGUGAACAAAAAUACCAUGAUGUCAAAGGUCUUAUUCGUCUUUGUCAAGUACUUAAUUUUGAAAUUAAUUUACAACAUAUAUCAUCAGUUCGAGCUGAUCGAACACUUCGUCUUUUAUCACCUAAUCAUUUGAAUAAAACAAAUUUUGCUCAAUUUUUUUCCGAAUUACAAAAAUCUGAAUGCGAUACAACACGUAAACAAUUAGAUAAUGUUUAUCACCAAACAAUGAAUAUAUCUGUUCCAUUACAAAUGUAUUUAAAAGAAAAAUUGUAUAUGAAACAUAUUUUAACAUGUAAACGAACAUCUGAUCUUUAUACUCAACUUGAUCGUUUUAUUGAUGGAAAUUUAAAUGAUAAAUCUAUUCCAUUUUCAUUUAUGUUUGUUGAUUCUCGUGCUAAAAAUAUGCUAUCAGAAUAA